AUGAGAAGAAAGUCUGUGUGUAUACAAAUACCUAGAGACCCAAGGACAGACAGGACCUCGUUCAUAACUGAGAUGCCCGAGGCAAUGUCCGGGAGAAUUGAAGAGCCAAGGUGGAAGGAGGUGGUGUCUGGACUGAACGAUGUACUCUAUGAGUCUGAAUCUCCAUCUCUGGUGUCUUUUGUCAAGACCAUAUCCAUUAUCCCGCUCCUGGUGGGCAGCCCAAAAAAUGUCUUUGCAAGGGUCGAGGAAUACCUGUCCUCGGUGAACAAGACUCUGGAGGGGCAUGGGAUCCAAAUAGUCCAUCCUGGGUAUCACCAGUAUGUCGAGCUCGAGGUUGAGAUGUGCCAGGAAGAGUGA